AUGGUAGAUCUAACUCAAUUAGAGACUGAGGAGAGAAAACUGCUGAAGACAACGAAGCUGUCCCGUAUCAACAAAGUUGGCUCAUGUUACGUGAUCAAAGCGACUGCAGUGGAUUUUGUUGUCCCACCUCAUAACCCAUGGAGGGAAUUAGAAAUAAUGAAGAAACUCUGUUUUGGGGAGCGCAUACAGUGUGCUCAAAUUAUUGAGUUACUGGAUCAUCGAAGGGUGCACGAUGAACUGGAGCUGCUUUUCCCAUUUUAUUCUCUCACAUUAGAAGAUUUCAUGCUCUCGCAGUACAACUUUCAAGGUAGUCGUUCAAAGAAGCAAUUUAAUCCAUACUUAUUGGGGACCAAGUCUACUGAAUCCACCCCUGAGUUCUAUUACAAUGGAUUUGAUGUGAAUAUAUAUGCAGCUGACAUGUUUAAGCAGCUGUGCUCUGGGUUGCAAUUUAUUCACUCUAAUGGUAUUAUACAUCGAGAUCUAAAACCACAGAAUGUGAUGCUGACCUCAAUUUCCAAACCUUUGCAACUCAAGAUCAUUGACUUUGGUAUAUCAUAUGACACCACUACUGAGGACAAGGACGAACCGCCCAAUGAGAAAGUGACAGAUGUGUCUACAUGUUUUUACAAAGCCCCCGAACUUCUGUUCAGCGUCGCAAAUUACGAUUAUGCGGUGGAUAUAUGGGCUUUGCUAGUUAUUAUCAGCCAAUGGUUCCAGCAGGGAUCGAGUAUUGUGAACUACGCCCCAGCAUUCAUUGACGACGGCAGCGCGGAAUUGGAAAACGGGAGCGAUAUAAGGUUGAUACUGACCCUUUUCGAAAAAGUGGGGAUCCCCUCCGUUGACCUAUGGCCGCAAGUGAGAGAUUUUGGGUCCGCUAGUGCAUUUACUGGGCUAUUUGGCUCUGAAGGUGAUGGGAAAUACAUCAAGCUGUUAAGCGCUGAGGAGCAACAUACUAGGAUCAUUCAAAAUUUCCCGAGACUUGAGAGUUUAACGGAUCCAAAAGUGAAAACAAUGUUCCUGAAGUGCAUUUCGGGAAUGAUGGUUUUGCAAUCAACGGAGAGGUGGACCGUUUCUCAAUUGCUAGACGAAAUAAACUGUGUGCUCCAAUGUUGA